AUGAAUAAGAAUCCCACCUCAGAGGCAAAAAGCAUAAUUAAACAGUGUCGAUUAGAUGCAAGACGUGAUAAGGAAAAGUUCGUUUUAGACGAACUGUUAUCGAUUCAGUUGCCACAUGAUUUACUGAAAAAGUACAAAUUAGGAAAGAGCAGUAAGCAAUAUUUGAUGGAAUUUGCAGAGAAAACAAAAUCAAAAGAAUACAAAAAAAGGUUAGUGCCUUUGUGUCCCGAAAUUCCUAAAUGCCAAGACGCUCACAAGAAGUUGCGGAGAUUUAGUGACGAAUGUCCUUUUACGGCGAUGUCACAUUUUCAAGAACUUUGCAUUAGAAAGAAGAUCCAGGCGAAGAACCUAGAAAAGAAGUUUCCGAAAUUAGUGGAAACUGCUAUAGCUGAAGCGAAAGCGCAUUUCUUAUCAGUGACUCACACAGCCGGCGUUAAUUUGAAAGUGAAGCCCUUGUCAAAGAAUGAAAAACGAAUUAUAAUAGAGCCAUACAAGUUUUUGGGCAGAUCUAAAAAUUACGGCAACUACUUGCUGGUUCGCGAUGAACUACUGACCAAGUGGGUCCUCCACCAUCACAUUAUCAGAAAAAUUUUGGACGAAUGCGUAGUUUGCCUUCCUCGUACGCUUUGCACGAUCAGCAACUUGAGAAACAAACCUUACGACAUAAAAGAACUCGAUGCGGUUUUUAUGAAAUUCGUCGAAGAUUCACAAACCGCUGUCAAAAAAUUACACGACAGGGUGGUGGAAAUUGUUGGGCGGUACACCACGAAAUUACAUCCAUCGGUUUCUAACAGGGUGUUCAAAGCGUGUGACGGUCUCCUCUCGGUUCACAUAGGUCAGGCACUCUAUAGAACAAUCGAACACAUUAUCGACGCUACCGCAAGCGAAAAGUUAGUCCCCUAUUUAAAGCUGUCCAUCCACUAUAAAGAAAAUUUAGUCCUUCAGCCGACCGACACAGAUUUGGUUCUUAUUUACACAAUAUUCAUAAAUAAAUUGGUAGAAUGCUCGAACAAAUAUAUGGCGCUGGAGUACUUCAAGAAGCGUAAUUACCCCAGCAGGAUCAUUCGAAUUUUCAUAACCGAGGAAUACGUUAAUCAAGCUUUGGAGAAGGUGGCGGCCAAUAUCAGGAGAUUGUAUGAGCCGAUAACAGCUUACGUGCGGAAACUCGAUGACGAUUUCAGCGAAAUUUACAGCGAUAUUAGAAUUGCAGAUGUGGAUAUUUAUACGCAAUUCCGCAAGGGCUGUGAACAAAUCAGACAUUACCAGCAAUAUAUAAGAAAAGCAAGCAGUAUGUUGAGCAGCGAAUAUUUCGCUAUGGGACAGUUAAUUCUUUCCGAAUACGUUAUUACUAUGAAAGAAUCCGUAUCUUCCAUAAUUGAAACAAUAUUUUCCGAAUUGUGUGGUUUAUACAUUAGAGAGAAUGAAGAUAUCUGCGAUAGUUUCGAGAAGCUUAAAGAAUACGCAUUGAUCAAGCCAUCGACAACCGAAGAUUUGAUUGAGCAAGGAAAAUACAUGAUUUGGGCGAAGACCGUCCUUUUGCCUCAGAGCAGGGACAAAAUACAAAACAUGUUAAAUAAUUUGACUAAAUUGAUCGAGUUCGGAGAUCUCUCCAAAGAUCACGUGGAUCUGAAUUCCGAAACAGUGGGGUGGCUGCAUAGAAUCGAAUCUAUUUUGGAAGCCAACUCCAUUAUGUACGAGCAGCUCAAGUUCGAACACGAGGAAGAAGUACAAGCAGCCGUGAAUCAUGUGAAUAACUCGAUAGAAAAAUUGACACCUAUGCUAGCAAAUUUGGAUGAUAUGGACGACUACAUUCAGUGUAGAGACUAUGUGAACAAACUAAAAUGUCACAUGGUUGUGCUGAGGGACUUGAGAAAUGAAAUUGCUUGGAUCGUCAAGGAACAAGAGUGUUUGGGUUUUAGGAUAUCUCCUUUCAAAAACGUCGAAGAGGUAGAAAAUUGGAUCUAUCCAUUUUUCCAUUUAAUCAAAGUCUGUGUCUACAUUCAAAGGCAUAUAGACGUAUGUUUGGAUGGGCCUUUUGAAUUCCUGAACUACGAAGAGACAGAGCGAAAAGUUGAAGACUUCAUGAAAGAGUUAUUGAAAAUUCAAAAAACUUAUAGAGUAAAGUUGAGACAAACGCAUAACGAAAGUUCCCAAUUACGGUUUUUCGGAACAGUUGAUGAUCCCGAUUUGUAUGCUUGGCCUGCUUCCUUAAAAUUGACAUCUCUAGCUAUCCAAACAUUAAAGGACUUUAGGCCCGCGAUGACCUUGAUGCGAAUAAUGUGCAACGAUGCUUUGAUGAAGCGCCACUGGAAAGAGAUGUCGCACAUUGCUGGUUUCGAUUUAACUCCUAACGCUGGUACUUCAUUGAGGAAAUUGACCUUAAUGAGAUUGGAGCCGGAUUUGGACAAAUAUGACGUCAUAAGUUCCGGAGCUACCAAAGAAAGAGAACUUUUAAGAAAUCUGACGAAAAUGAAGCAAGAAUGGGACGAUAUAUUCUUCAAAAUAGGAACAUUUAAAGACACUGGAAUGAUGAUUCUGAUGCAAUUGGAUGACAUUCAGGUCAUUCUUGACGAGCAUAUUCUUAAAGCAUUGACAAUGCGAGGAUCAAUUUUUGUAAAACCGUAUGAACAAGAAGUCAGAGCUUUUUAUGACAAAUUGUUGAGAAUAAACCUCACUUUGGAGGAAUGGGGAAAAGUUCAGUCCCAAUGGUUGUACCUCCUGCCGAUAUUCUCAUCUAAGGAUAUCGUGGCCCAGAUGCCAGAAGAAGGAGCUUUGUUUAGAGAGGUAAACGACACUUACAAACGUUACAUGGAGUUAGUCUAUCGAGAUUCGAGAGUUUUUAAAGUGGCGGGAGCGGAGGGAAUUUUGGAAGUGAUGCACCACUGCAACGAGCUGCUUGAAAAAAUCAACGAAGGCGUGACGGCUUAUUUAGAGAAGAAGAGACUGUAUUUUCCCAGAUUCUUUUUUCUAUCGAACGACGAAAUGCUCGAGAUCCUGUCCGAAACAAAGGACCCCCUUAGGGUUCAACCACAUCUUAGGAAAUGUUUUGAAGCAAUAAACGUGCUGCAUUUUGACGACACAUUGCAAAUUCUCGCAAUGUACAGUCAAGAGUCCGAGAAGAUAACCUUCAGGCAUGCGGUGAACACAAAAGAGGCCAGAGGGAGUGUCGAGAAAUGGUUGGUACAAGUCGAAGAGCAAAUGAUUGCCUCUGUGAGGGAUCAAAUUCUUAAAAGCUUUAAAAGCUAUUACGUGACUCCUAGGAUUCAGUGGGUGAAAAAAUGGCCCGGCCAGAUUGUUUUGGCGGUUUCCCAAAUGCACUGGACAUUGAACGUGCACAAGGCAUUAAAUUACGAGGAGAAUUUGUCCCUCGGUGUGUUCUUCGAAAACUUGACCACUUCUUUGAACGAUAUUGUAAACCUCAUUAGAGAUCCGACUUUAACUAAUCUGACUAGGAUCACCAUCAAAGCAUUAAUAGUUAUAGACGUACACGCGAAGGACGUCGUUGAAGAACUAUUAAAAAGAAAUGUCGAGCACGAGAGAGACUUUAAAUGGUUGGCACAGCUGAGGUACUAUCUCGAAGAUGAUGAGGCAUUGGUUCGAUUAAUAAACGCCACUGUAAAAUACGCAUACGAGUAUUUAGGAAACACCGAUCGUUUAGUAAUAACUCCUUUGACGGAUAGAUGUUAUCGCACCUUAAUAGGCGCUUAUCAUUUGCACUUAAACGGUGCCCCGGAAGGACCAGCUGGUACCGGAAAAACCGAGACCACCAAGGAUUUAGCUAAAGCCAUUGCGGUACAAUGCGUUGUGUUCAAUUGCUCCGACGGUUUAGAUUACAAGGCAAUGGGGAAGUUUUUCAAAGGUCUCGCGUCUUGUGGCGCUUGGGCAUGUUUCGACGAGUUCAACCGUAUAGACAUCGAAGUGUUAUCAGUUGUGGCUCAACAAAUACUCUCUAUAAUAAUGGCAGUUAGAGCUCACUUGCCAAAAUUUGUAUUCGAAGGAACAGAAAUUUCGCUGAACCCUGCCUGUUACGUUUGCAUUACAAUGAAUCCCGGUUACGCUGGAAGAACGGAGCUUCCAGAUAAUUUAAAGGUUUUAUUUAGAACAGUCGCGAUGAUGGUGCCCGAUUACGCCAUGAUAGGGGAAAUAUCGUUAUAUUCAUACGGAUUCGUGGACGCCAGGAACUUAUCUCUGAAGAUAGUAACGGUUUAUCGACUCUGUUCGGAACAGUUGUCUUCUCAAAAUCACUACGAUUAUGGCAUGCGGGCUGUCAAGACGGUAUUGUCGGCGGCGGGCAACUACAAAAGAAAAUAUCCCGAUGAAGGUGAAGACAUCUUGCUACUUAGGGCCAUUUUGGAUGUCAAUUUGCCAAAGUUCCUAAAGCACGAUCUACCCCUUUUUGAUGGGAUAAUAUCCGAUUUAUUUCCGGGAGUCGCUCUACCUAAAGUGGAUUACGCGGAAUUAAAUAAAACCAUGAUUGAAUGCGCAUUAAAAGUAAACCUGCAGCCUGAAGAAUCGUUCUUGACAAAGAUGAUCCAAACGUAUGAAAUGAUGACUGUCAGACACGGUUUCAUGUUGGUCGGGUACCCCCUGUCAGGAAAAACAAGUACCCUCAAAACACUAGCAGCUACUUUAACGCGAAUGAAUAAAUUAGGUUUGAACGAAGACAAGGUGGACUAUCUAUUCUUAAACCCCAAGUCAAUAACUUUGGGUCAGUUGUAUGGUCAGUUUGACCCUAUAUCCUAUGAAUGGACGGACGGGGUAGUGGCUACGGCCUUCAGAAACUUUGUUACCGAUUCGAGCCCCAACAGAAAAUGGAUAAUUUUUGACGGCCCAGUGGAUGCGGUCUGGAUAGAAAAUAUGAAUAGCGCCCUGGACGAUAAUAAGAAGUUGUGUUUGAUGUCAGGAGAGGUGAUGUCGAUGACGAACUCUAUGUCAUUGAUUUUCGAAACUAUGGAUUUGGAGCAAGCAUCGCCAGCAACUGUAUCAAGAUGUGGCAUGAUAUACAUGCAACCCGAAAACUUAGGUUGGAGGCCUUUCGUCGAUUCUUGGUUACCGCAUUGUAAUCCAGAAUGGUGUGGUCCAAAAAGAAAAGACUACAUUAGAGAUUUGCUCGAUUGGAUCGUACCACCAAGCCUUGACUUCUUAAGAAGUAAGUGUCUUCAGUACUGCAAUCCGGGCGAUAUAAGUCUGGUGAGAACUAUGAUGUCCUUGAUAGAAAUGUUACUGAAUGAUGCUUGCCAGAACUGCAAGAGAAAAGAAGAGGAGUUUAAAAAUAUGAACGUGUGGAUACAGGCAACGUUUAUACAGGCGGGUGUUUGGGGCCUGGGUGGCGUAUUAGACAAAUAUUCCAGAGCGAUGUUCGACGAAUUCUACAAACUGCUCUGGAAGGGGCUAAUAGGCAAUUGCCCUUAUCCAACAUCAAUGGACAAGUUGGAAGUCGGCAUUCCUUCUGAGGGAAUGUUAUUCGAUUAUUCUUAUAAUUACAAAAUGAAGGGCAAUUGGAAAUAUUGGCCGGAAAUAGUGCGGACUCAGAAGAUCGAUGAUUGCAAAAAUAUAGUACAGGCGCUCAUUCCUACGGUGGACACGGCACGAUACAUGGCGUUAAUAGACUUACAUAUUCGUUACAAGAAGCGGCUUCUUCUAGUGGGUCCCACUGGGACCGGAAAGACUUUUUAUGUUCAAGAUAUGUUAAUGUACAGAGUGGACCAGGAGAAAUUUGAGCCCGCAUUUAUCACUUUCACAGUUCAGAUUUCAGCAAAUCAAACGCAAGAACUGAUUAUCUCGAAACUAUCCAAGAAAAGGAGGGGGCACUAUGGCGCUCCGAAGGGAAAAACUACUGUUGUGUUUAUAGACGACGUUAACAUGCCAUUGAAAGAGGAAUACGGGGCACAACCACCCUUGGAGUUACUAAGGCAAUUUUUCGACCAUAAAAACUGGUACGACGUUAAAACCACCGAACCAAUAUAUUUGCGCGAUGUGUUGUUUCUCGGGGCCAUGGGCUUGGUGGGAGGAAGUCGCCAAGAUGUUUAUCCGAGGUUUUUAAGUCAUUUCAACAUAUUUUCAAUAAACGAGUUCAGCGAGGAAAGCAUGUCGAAGAUAUACUCGAACGUGUUGCAUUUGGGUUGGAAGAAUCACGGAUUUCCCACGGAAAUAAUUUCGAUGGUGAACCAAACAGUUGCCGCAAGCUUGCAAAUUUUCAAAGAGGCGAUCGAACACCUAAGACCCACUCCGUCGAAAAGCCACUACGUUUUCAAUUUGAGAGAUUUUUCGAGACUGAUACAGGGUUGCGCAAUGCUCAGAAAAGAGUCGGUGGCCCAUAAAACUUUUUCGAAAAUUUGGGUUCACGAGGUCUUGCGAGUGUUCUACGACAGAUUGAUCGAACAAACCGACAAAGACUGGCUCUUUGGUAUGAUUCGAAUUUGCGUCAGGGACAAUUUCAAAGAGUUUUUCGAACACGUAUUCGAUAACUAUCCGCGCGACGAUAAUGGUUUCGUGACCCAAGAGUCGAUCAAGGAGCUUCUAUUUGGUACGUAUUUUGACCAGGAUGCGGAACUCGAAGAAAAACGUUACGAGGAGGUUCAGAAUAUCGAAGCGUUUAAACAAUUGAGCCAAAACUGCCUCGAGGAGUACAAUGCCACUCACAAAUCCAAAAUGGACAUUGUUUUAUUUGAUUACGCGUUGGAACACCUCUCAAAAAUCUGUAGAAUCCUAUCUAUGAAUUGCGGCAGCGGUCUAUUAGUCGGCAUUAGUGGAUCCGGCAGGCAAUCACUAACUCGUUUGGCUAGCGAGAUCUACGGGCACGCGUUAUUUCAACCGGAAAUCACCAACAUGUACGGCACCAACGAUUGGCGAGAGGAUAUUAAGAAAAUUCUUAAAGAGGCCGGAGGGCGGGGAAAACAUACCACCUUCCUAAUAUCGGAGGGGCAGAUAAAAGAAGAGAGUUUUUUGCAGGACAUCGAUUGUUUACUUAACUCUGGCGAGGUGCCUAAUAUUUAUCAUAUCGAUGAGAAGCAAGAGAUUCUAGACAUGGUUCGAUUAGCUGCUCAAGGUGGUAAUAGAAAUUUGGAGAUUAGCCCGCUGGAAGUAUUCUUCUUCUUCACCAAGAGGUGCAAAGAGAAGCUGCACAUAAUGUUGUGCUUUAGCCCGGUAGGAACCACGUUUCGUAAUCGGCUGCGCCUGUAUCCUUCGUUGAUAAACUGCUGUACCAUAGACUGGUUUAAUUUUUGGCCCCAUGAGGCCCUCGUCGAAGUUGCUAAGGGCUGGAUGCAAGACGUAAAUCUCUCUGAGGAGAUCAAGGAAAACGCAGUGACGGUUUGUCAGUAUUUUCAUCUGCAAACGUUAAAAAAGUCGGAAGAGUUCUACAGCAAAACGAGCAGAAAGAUUUACAUCACGUCCGCAUCGUAUCUCGAGCUGAUCAGAUCGUUUACCGAACUAACCAAUAGAAAACAACGCGAAAUAAUGGGAGCAAAAAAUAGAUAUCUGGCAGGCUUGGAUAAAUUGAACCACGCAGCUGUUAGCAUAGGUGAAAUGCAGAGUUCUUUGGCUGAACUGCAACCUCAACUCAAGCAAUUGAGUGACAAAGCUACAGCAAUGACCAAACAAAUCGAGCACGAAACGUUAACUGUCGAGCAGAUAUCGGAAAUCGUAAAGCAAGAGGAAAAAAAGGCCAAUAGACACGCGGCUACAGCCAAAGCGCUGAAAUUGGAAUGCGAGGCCGAUCUGGCCGAAACCAUGCCCAUUCUCAGAGAAGCUAUAUCCGCGUUAGAUACGCUGAAGCCGGCUGAUAUUAGCUUGGUGAAAACCAUGAAACAUCCGCCAGAUGCCAUUAAGUUGGUAAUGGCGGCCGUUUGUAUUAUAAAAGGGGUGAAACCGGAUAGAGUUGUAGACGUGGCAACCGGCCGAACGAUCCUGGAUUACUGGAAACCUAGUGUCAAGAUCUUGGGCGACAUAAAUUUCCUGCAAUCUCUUAAAGAUUUCGAUAAGGACAAUAUAAAACCCGAAUACAUGGCCAAACUGAGAAAGGAAUACAUUACUCAUAAGGACUUUAAGCCGAGUGUGGUCGCUAAGGCUAGCAGUGCGGCGGAAGGCCUGUGCAAGUGGAUCAUCGCUAUGGAUAUGUACGACAAGGUAUACAAAAUUAUAGCGCCGAAGAAGGCCAAACUCGAGCAAGCGGAGCGCGAAUUCUCGGAAAUAAUGGAGACUUUAACGGAAAAAAGAAACGAAGCGAAACGACUCGAAGCUCAGCUUCUCGAGUUGCACGAAAAACUAGACGACGCUACAAGGAAGCAAACGGAAUUGCAGGACGCCGUCGAUUUGUGUAACAACAAGUUGAUCAGGGCUCAAAAAUUGAUAGGUGGUCUUGGUGGCGAGAAAACUAGGUGGUCGGCAGUGGCGGAAUCGCUUCAGGCUCAAUACGACAGCCUCGCGGGGGAUAUUUUGAUAUCAUGUGGUAUAAUCGCUUACUUAUCUCCGUUUAACAGCCUGUUCAGGCAGGAAAUGGUGACAGAUUGGCAGGAAUUCGUCAAAAAGCUUAAAAUCCCGUGCGCCGAGCAUUACCAUCUCGCCACGGUAUUGGGCUCUGAUGUGAGAAUUCAGACGUGGUAUAUAAGCGGAUUACCGCGAGACGGCUUUUCUACCGACAAUGCCAUUAUAAUGGAUAAUUCGCGUAGGUGGUCCUUGUUCAUCGAUCCGCAAGCUCAAGCCAGUAAUUGGAUUAAGAAAAUGGAGAAGCCGAAUAAUUUGACCGUGGUGAAGUUUAGUUUCCCUGACUAUAUGAAAAAGAUUGAGACGUGUAUUCAUAUGGGGUAUCCCGUUUUAAUCGAAAAUGUUGGUGAGGAAUUGGAAGCUGCAUUGGAUCCAUUGUUGUAUAAGCAAACAUACAAGCAAGCUGGAAUAGAAAUUAUCAGUUUGGGCGAGAACGUGAUAGAAUAUCACAAGAAUUUUCGUUUGUAUGUAACUUCAAAAUUCAGAAAUCCUCAUUAUUUGCCUGAGGUCUUCAACAGAGUAACCAUAAUUAAUUUUGCUCUUACAUUGGAGGGCUUGGAAGAUCAGUUGCUCGGUAUCGUCGUAGCUGUGGAGAAACCAGAGCUGCAGCAAUUAAAAGAGAGACUGAUCGUUCAGAACGCUGAAAACAAGGCGGCUCUCGAGCAGACUGAAGAUAAAAUAUUAAAAACGCUGGCCGAAACCAAGGGGGACAUUUUGGAAGACGAAGUCGCGAUAAAAGUUUUGGACGAUUCGAAAAUUUUGUCCGAGGAGAUCAAGGAAAAACAGCAGAAGUCAUCGGAAAUUGCAAGCACCAUCGAAGAUUUCAGGAUAAAAUACAAAGGCGUCGCCGGUCACUCUUCUGUGCUUUACUAUUGCAUUUCGGAUUUGGCGAAUGUGGAUCCGAUGUAUCAAUAUUCCCUGGAGUGGUUCAUCAAUUUAUACGUGGCUUCCAUCCAGAAAGCCGAAAAAUUCAGACGCGUGGAGAAAAGGUGUCAGAGCUUAAUUAAAGCUUUCACAUUCGAUUUGUACAACAACAUCACGAGAUCGCUUUUUGAGAAGGACAAAUUAUUGUUUUCCUUUAUCCUCUGUUCGAAAAUAAUGAUUUCGCAAGGAAGACUGGACGAAAAGGAAUUUCUGUUUUUCCUCGUUGGAGGAGUAAUCGUCGAAAAUCCGAUAGCCAACCCUUGUCGGAGCUGGUUGCCGAGCAGCUCGUGGGAUGAGAUAUGCAGAAUGGAUCAGCUGGUGCCUUUUAAGGGCUUCUCGGAGAGCUUUGUCGCGAACCAUCGUCGUUGGAAAGAGAUAUAUGACGAUUUUCGAGAGGAUUUGAUCUGGCCUGAACCGUGGCAUACAAAUCUGAACUCAUUUAGAAGGCUGAUGGUAGUAAAAGUUCUAAGACCCGAUCAAUUAAUAGCGGCUAUAAUGAACUUCGUCAAGUUGGAAAUGGAUGAAAGAUACAUUAAGCCUCCGUCCUUCAGCAUUUCCGUAUCGUACGACGAUUCCUAUAGCCUUUGCCCCCUAAUAUUUAUCCUUUCGCCCGGCACCGACCCUAUGGCAGCUUUGGUGAAAUUCGCCGACGAAAAGAGAAUGUCUGACAAAUUCCGAUCUAUUUCGUUGGGGCAGGGUCAGGGUCCGAUGGCGCAGGCACUCAUCGAAGAGGGCCAGGAAUUCGGUCUUUGGGUGUGCCUGCAGAAUUGCCAUCUGGCGACGUCUUGGAUGCCUCAGUUGGAGAGGAUAUUUGAAAGCUUGGACUACUUUACCACUCAUGACAGCUUUCGGUUAUGGCUGACGAGUUAUCCUUCUGAUAAAUUCCCCGUGACUUUAUUGCAAAAGGGGGUUAAAAUGACCAACGAACCUCCAACUGGUCUUCAAAACAAUUUGUUGAAAUCAUACAUGAGCGAUCCGGUCAAGAAUAUAGACUUUUACAGGGGAUGUCCGAAUCAUGAAGAAAUGUUCGCUAGACUGUUGUACAGUUUGGCAUUUUUCCACGCUGUAGUACAAGAAAGGCGAACGUUCGGAGCCCUCGGCUGGAAUAUCCCUUACGGAUUUAACGAUUCGGAUUUCGACAUAUCCGCGCAACAACUCCAGAUAUUCAUUAAUGAGAGCGAUGAACCUUUCGAAGCUUUGACCUACCUCAUUGGAGAAUGCAACUACGGCGGCCGUGUGACUGACGAUUGGGAUCGACGCCUCAUCGUGACGAUACUGAGCAAUUUUUUGAACCCUUACAUCGUUACGGAAAAAGAUUACGUCUUCAGUACCAUCGGCAAAUUCUACGGCCUACCAGAUAAAUCAGACUACUUUGUAUACCUGGCCCAUAUUCAAUCGCUUCCGUCGUUACAUCCGCCAGAAGUAUUUGGUCUGCACGGAAACGCGGGUAAAACAAGAGACCUUCAAAAUUCGAAACUCCUGUUGAGUUCGGUGCUGAAGGCGUACGGAGAAAUUUCAUCCACAGGCGAAGGCGAUACUGACAAGCACGUAUUGAUGAUCAGCACGGAUAUUUUAUCUAAACUACCACAGGAAUUUGAUCUCGAAGCAGCCAACCAACUUUAUCCGGUAGAUUAUUCGGAAUCAAUGAACACCGUUCUCGUUCAAGAAAUGGAACGGUUCAAUAAACUGAUACAUACUAUUAGAGUUACCCUUAGCACAUUGCAGAAAGCUAUACAAGGAUUGAUAGCAAUUAACCCAGAAGUGGAAGCUUUCGCUACGUCGUUGUUAUUGGGGAAAAUACCAGACAAGUGGGCGACCGUUUCCUACCCAAGUCUGAAAAAUCUACCUAAUUACGUUGCCGAUCUUUUGGAUAGAAUCCAGUUUCUGAAAAAAUGGUUCGAAACGGGAAAACCAAACAGUUACUGGUUGUCCGGAUUCUUCUUCACUCAGGCGUUUUUGACUGGUGUCAAACAGAAUUUUGCUCGAAAAUAUACCAUCGCGAUCGACAAAUUAACAUUUGAUUUUGUGGUCCUUAAGAACGACGGUCGCGACGUAGAUGUAGCUCCGGUUGAUGGCGCUUUAAUUUAUGGCCUUUUUACGGAUGGAGCUCGCUGGGAUAGAAAUACUCAAAUAAUAGAGGAGCUGUUGCCAAAUAUAUUGCACGAUGAAAUGCCCGCUAUUUGGAUUGUACCCUUAAAAAUGGAUGUUUACGAACCUGGCAAGAGGUACGUAUGUCCCGUAUACAAAACUUCUGCUAGGAGAGGUGUGUUGUCGACAACGGGACAUUCAACCAAUUAUGUCUUACCGAUUCUGCUUGACACUAAGAAAAGACCAGAGCAUUGGAUUAAAAGAAGUAUGGCCCUAUUAUGUCAGCUGGACUAAAUUGGUAUUGGCUUAAAUAUUUAACAAAUUAAUUUAUGAACAGUUUGCAUAUC